AUGGGAAACACAUCAUCGUCGUCGUCAUCGUCUUCAUGUUAUAACUUUCGAAAAGUAAGUCCAAAUGAAACAUAUCGAUAUCUUAUAAAAAUAAAUGAAGAAGGAGUUGAUCGCGUUCAAGUUCAACACCACGUUUUUAGAGAAAUUCUAAAAGAUAAUUUUUCGGCACCGAUUAAAGAUACUCUAAGACAAGGUGCUUCUGUAUUGGAUCUCGGAUGUGGACCAGGUAUAUGGGUUUGCGAAAUGGCUGCAGACUAUAAAUACUCAAUGUUCCACGGAGUAGAUUACCUCAAUAUUUUCCCGACCCAAAAACCUGUGAAUGCACAAUUCAUAAAAGCAAACUUACUUAAAAGACUACCAUUUAAAGAUGAAGAUUUUGAUUAUGUGCAUCUACGGUCAUUGGUGCUCGCUUUCACGCCUGAUCAGUGGGAAUAUAUGAUAAUUAAGGAGGCUGUUCGAUUGUUACGGCCGAAUGCAUAUAUUGAGGGCCUUGCGUUACGAGAUUUUCAAAUGCUUGUGAUAAGAACAAAAUGCAUCGAGCAUAACCUUGACCCAUCAAUCAUUCUCAAAAUACCGAAUUACCUACAACGAUGUAACGAAUCACUAAAACGUGUGUAUGGUCAAGAACUAAAGGUUGCCGUAGGAAAAUGGGGCGGCAAAAUGGGUGAAAUCCAGGGAGACCUCUUCGUCCGUUUACUGCGCGAAGAAUCAAAAAUUAUUAAAAGACUUGUGAAACUGAACGCUAAAGAAUAUGAAGAAUUUAUAGAAAAUUUCAUUCAGGAACUUAAUACGCAUACUGUUUAUAUAACGUGGCAUAAAUAUUGGGCGAAAAAAGACUUACAUGUACAAUCAAAUUAG